UGAUAUCUGAACACGGCCAAUGGCGAGAAGCGCAGGCGCGCAGCCAUUCCAAUUAAGAUCCGUCUGCUAGCCGGGAGGAAACUUUCCCGAGAGUCCGCCGGUCUUCGAUAGAGCACCUAGUCCGUGGCGAACGUGACGCGGCGAAGAUUGCCGAGGAUCGCCGAGGAUCGCCGGGGAAUAUCGGAGAGGUCGCAACGGUCUAAAAGGGCGCUCGCUUCGUGUGCGCGCAAGUCCCUCGUCUCCGAGGGCUCUCCGUUUUAGCGUCGUCGUUCGGGCGCGGGGAGAGACAGGUCGCCAGCCCGCGGGAACGUGAACGGCUCUACGGCGAUCGACGGGCACCAGGUAAGACCACGCCGCCGACCAGAGGAAGCCAAGCCGCCGGGGCCUCCGUUCGAACGAGUGGAGAUUUGCGCAGCGCCGCGCCAGCCGGAUCGAUAAUUGAUUAUACUGUAAGUGAGUCGAGAUGUACAAUGGCAUUGGGCUUCAAACUCCACGCGGCUCCGGCACCAAUGGACACGUUCAGAGAAACUGGGCGAUCGUGCGUAAGAACAAGGACAAGGUCGCCUAUAAGGCGGAGGAGACCAAGAUCGAUCAGCUGAACAAGCAGCCGAACAAGGAUAUUUUGGAUCAUGUCAGAAAGAGAAAAGUCGAGCUCAAGUGCGCGGAGUUGGCCGACAUCUUGGAAGAUCAAGGAUUUACAAUCGAGGAAAUACAGAAUAAGGUGGAAUCCUACAGAUCGUUGUUAAUGGGGAGCGAUGUCAAGAUGUCCACGCCGCAAGAUGAAUUUGGCCGUGUUAAUGUGCGUGAGACGCACCAGAUCGCCGAGGCUCAGCAGGAGAAGAACGCGAAGCUGCGCGAGGCGUUCGGCAUCUCCGAGUUCUUCGUGGAGGGCAGCAGCCUAGACCCGGAGCGGCACGCGCGCGAGGCGGAGGCGCGGGCCGCUGCGGCCGCCGCCGCCGCCGCGAGCAAGGUCUACGAGCUGGUGCGCACCCCGAGCCCGGCGCCGCCGCCGCUGCCCUCGAUACCGGAAGUGGUUGCCGCCGCGGCCACCGGCGAGAAGAAGAAGCGGAAGCGUUCCGGCAGCGCGGGCAAGAAGAAGAAGGCCAAGAAGCACAAGCGGGAAAGAUCCGAAUCCCCCAAGUCCGGCAAGAAGAAAGAAAAGUCCAAAAAGAAGAAGAAGGAGAGGAAGCACAGAAAGACCGAGGCCACAUCGUCCGACAGCGACUCAAGCGAGGAUUCCGAUGACAGCAACUCGUCCGAGGCCGAGUCAAAGAAGAAGAAGAAAAAGAGAAAGAAAAAGCUCAAAGUCGAGGGAAAGGACAAGCAUGAGAAGAAGAAGACUUCGGCUAAACGGAAACGCCAGUCAUCUGACAGCUCCACGGACAGCUCCGUGGAAAGACCGAAAAAAUCGGUGAAACAUGAGAAAAACAUCCUAGUGGACAAGGCGUUGAGAAAUGAAGUUUCCGAGAGUACCGUGAUCUCGCGAGAACCACUUCCUCCUCGAUCGAUCCGAUCACCGAAGCGAGAGAUAUUGUCUCGAGCAACCAUAUCUCGGAAUGAGACUCCGCCGCUACCAGCUGUUACUAAAACGAAGAAAGAUUCGCCGAAGAAGAACGUGGCAGAGAAGCGGGACAAAUCGCCGGCAAAUCACAACAGGAGUCCUGCUAUAUCAUCAAACAGGCGACACAAAUCAUCCUCCAGGAGCAGAGGCGAUAGAGGCGAAAAAAAUGAUAGAGACAGAGAUAGAGGAGGAGGAGGAGGAGGAGGAAGAUCUCCUAGAAGGUACUCGAGGUCACGUCGUAUGAGUCCGUCUCCUAAACGAAGACGAGGAUAUUCUAGAUCACCCAGAAAGCACGGUAGGCAUUCUAUGUCCAGAAGCAGAAGCCGCUCCAAGUAUGAUCGUUACGGAUCCUCUCGCAGGAGACCCGUGUCUCCGCCAGUGAGACGUAGGGAGACCGAUUCUCGCCGAAGAUCGCGCUCGGCGAGGCGACAGCAGCGCUCCCGGCGGUCCCGAUCGCGCUCCACCUUGAGCUAUUCGCCACUUAGAAAAUAUCCAGAGCGCUACAAGGAGAUUCUGGAGGAUCGGAAGCCGCGACGGGAUCAGAAGAAGAAGACUAAGGGCGACAAGGCGAAGUCGCGCUCGACGUCGAGAAGCAGGAAAAUGCAGCAGAUAGCGGUCGCGCCUAGGGUGAGUCUGAGAUCGUCGAGCGAGGAUGAGGCCGAUCUGGCUGACGACGAGCCCAGCAAGCAGCAACAGCAGGAGGAAGACGAAGAGAGAAGGAUUAUAGAACUGAACACGUUAAAACGACUGCAGAGCGGCCUGGCAGCGAAGGCGCGGGAGACGCUAGAGAAGAAGGUGAUCAGUCCUACGAAGAUUAAGAUCGAGAGGCGAGAAGAUGUGUUAAAUAUCGCUCUACCGAACGAACCGCCAAAAACCAUUGCACAGAAUUCAACUGUACCGAUUCGAGAUAGAUCCAAAUCAAAGGAACCAGUUGUACAGGCUCUACCGGUUAUUCAGUCGCCGGUGUCCAGUAGAUCGCCCUCGCCGGCUCUACCUCUCACCCGAGAGGAGGCGGCGAUUAAGAUCAGAUCGCCAAGCGAGUCACCGCCACCGCUGCCGUUGCCUCAGCCAUUGUUCGACAAGAUCGAUUCCACAUCUCCUGGCACGAAGGCUAAGCCAAACAGUCAAUUUUCAAGAUCGCCGAGUUCCACCGGCAAAAGAGACUCGCCGCCUUCGAAGAAGGACGCCUCUCCUACCGCGAUAUCUCGAGAGGAUAAUAUGAUAAUGAAACUGCGUUCGCCCAGUGACUCGCCGCCAUCUUUGCUGAACAUUUCGUUAGCUAGAUCGAAUCGUCGCUCGAGGUCGCCGAAGAAAGGCAAAUCGUACUCCAGAUCGGCAUCGAGAUCAUGCACAAGAUCGCCGUCCGUCGCGGACAAAGUGAGGUCUUCCAGAUCGCCGUCCGGGGACAAGAAGUCGCGGUCCCGUUCGCGAGGCAAGAAGUCAUCGGCAUCGCCCGGACGACGAUCGACCUCCAGAUCGGCCUCUAGAGCGAAGAAGUCGUCACCCAAGGCGAGAACAAAGCAGCAGCGCUCGCCCCGAUCGAGAUCUUCCUCGGUGGAGUCAAAACGCUCAAGCGCGUCGAGAUCGCCCUCGAGAUGCAAGAAGUCCGCGUCGCGGUCUAGAAGCAGGAAUCGAUCGUUGUCGAAGAGGAGGUCGCGCAGUCGCUCUUCUCUGUCAAAGUCAAGAAGUAGGUCGUUGUCGAAGAAGAGAUCACACAGCCGUUCAUUGUCGAAGAAAUCCAAGAGUCGCUCGCGAUCGGCAUCGAGGAUAUCCAGGGACAAGGACAAGCGCAGUCACAGUAGAAGCAGCUCACGUUCCUCCGCUAGGCACAGUCGAGGUAGAAGCUUUUCCAGUUCAUCCAGAUCGUCGAGCAGCGUCUCCAGUCGAUCCUCCCGCUCCAGCUCCAGCAGCUCUGCCUCCAGUAGAUCACGCUCACCGUCGAUACCUCGGCGUCACGGUUCACCCAGCUUCUUGGACAGACGGCGUAUCACAAGCGCGAGGAAACGUCCGAUCCCGUAUCACCGACCAACACCGACACCACCCUCGUCGCCGAGUAGUUCCGAGAGCAGCAGGCACAGCAACUGGUCCGUUUCGAGUCAUCGAUCCAGCUGUACCGCGAGUCGUAGUCCGUCUUACACGCGUUGAGAAAGAUAUGAAUUUCCAAACAGAAAUCGACGUUCCUUCUUCGUACACUAGACUCGAAACGACGUAGCUCGAUACAACCCGAAGGAAACCACCGUAUCCCGCUAAUCCCCGAGAUAUUAAUUUAAACAAAUUUAUUCAAAACUAUAUUAAUUUAGAGAAUUAUAUAGUUGUAAAUAUUAAUUUAAAAAUGAAAAUUCAGAUCACAUGGAGAGUUGAAGAAUGUUCCAGAAAGGAGGUUUAAUAAUGCCUGUUAAGUUUUUCGAAAGGAGAGAGAUUGCACGUGGUAUUCCAAGGUAAAUAGGCACGCUAAGUUAUCUCUUGCGAAACUAAGAAAAUCGAUCUUUGUUAGCAAUAAUUUCGAAUCUAAUGGCUUUUCGUGCUGUUCACUCGACGAAUUUCACGAGAAGUAAUGCUAUGUCCUAACUUACAGUUAAUUUCAAGAUACCCUGUAUAUAAAUUGUACACGAUAUCAAUUAAUUCAAACGACAACAGUCUAAAGAACUUUGAAAGACUGAGUCAACUUUCAGAUACUUUUACGUUUGUAGGAAAAGAGAUUGUUUAUAUUAAUUUUAUGAAUUUAAGGUAACGAUUUACAAUCAGAAUGAUCUAGAGAUGCAAAAGCAGCUGUUGAUACUAGAAUUAAUAAUAUAUUAUUAUUAAUUUAUUAAAUUAAUUUAGGCAGUAUUUAUUUAAUUCAAUUUAAUUAAAAUGAAUUUCGAGUGGGUGUGCCAUUCUGAACAUAGUGCAUAGUUAUGAAUCUGAGUACGUGUUUUUUUGGAUAAUUUAACAAGAUACCAUUUAAAAUUUAUAUUAAAAAAACCGAAAAUUUUUAUCGGUUGGUAUAUCCCCGAUUUCAAUAAUCUUGUCAGAAAAGAUGUUACAAUAUCAAUUUUAUAUUUAUUUUGAAUUUUUCUUCGAACUUACAGUGCAAUUUUGCGAUUAUUGUUGAUACUAGAAGAUUAUCGUGAAGAAAAAUGGAUAUCAAUGUAGAUUUUAAUGUAUUAUACUCUAUCUCUUUCUCUAGUCAAAUGACUCAUAUUAACAUGGUGCAGUAACUUCAUUUCUCUAUAACUCCUAGAAGAGAUUAUUUCAUUUAAAAGGAAUAUUUGAAUGAAAGAAGCGUACAAGACAAUUAAAGCGGAUAUUUUAAUAACAGAUACGAAAACUUUCUUUCUCACUCUGCAAAACACGAGGGUUUUGUAAAACGUUCAUCUACUUCUAUCUUUAAAAUUGUAAAUUUCUAUUGUGAAUUUUCGUUAAAUCAUCUUUACGUUUCUCAAAUCUUCCUUUGCCAAUUCUUACGUAAGCAAUAAUGGAAAAGGAAAAAGCUAAUUAAGCAACCUUCGUUCGUGUUCACUGUAAUAGUCUUAUUGUAGUAGUCUAGGCGUUUAUUUGCGCAAUUGCUUUCCAAAUCACGCUGUAUCACUCCUUAGAUUCAUCUACGGAUCUUACGGAUUCAAUUUACAUAUUCAUGACUUUUUAGUGCAAUGUUAUUAAUUUGUUCUUUUGUACAUAGAUAUUUUUUUUAUAAAAUUCUGCAUUUAGAAUAGUUUAAAUCCUCUUUAAACUAUUUACAUGUACAUUAUAUUACAUAUAGGCAAAAUUUAGUGAUUUUUAAAUUUAUUAUUUAUAUUAUAUAUAACGUAUUUAUUUAUUUGAUAAAACAGUCUUAGUUUUAGCGACUGUGUAAAGAACACUGCGGUUCUUUUACAUGCAAUAUUCGCAACUUGAUAAAAAUACUCUAGUCACAGGAAGAUUAUUUCUCGCGAGGGCCCCAAACUAGGCCAGGCAGCGACGUACCAAAAAGACAUAAUUAGAAUGUUAGUCUCAAUGCGCUACUCGAAGUUAAGCCUCGAAGAUAUAUGUAUAGGAUUAAAGAAGGCUCGUAUUUGGAAAGUCCAUGUUGUUUUACAACUUGACAGAGAAAUUACGUAGCGCUAGCUCCCGUACUCGUAACGACAGAUUUCUUUCUAACUAGGAGUUCUCCGACCCCUAAUGUCAAAUCGUUGCGUACGAAACGUAUAUUUAAUGUUCAGCAUAUCUAAAAAUAUUCAUCCUAUCCAUCCUUUUAAAUUCUGUACGCGGUUGAGAUUAAGAAUUCUGAUUUCUUAUUCCCAAAGAUAUGAAGAACGAAGAUUUUAAACUCUUUUCUUUUUUUAUUACUAUCGUAUAUUCGAAAAUUACAUUUCAUACGCAAUGACUGCUCGAUCAACGCUGUUGGAGCUCCACAUUAAUGUAGUUCAGAUACAUUUUACAAUUUUUCCAGUGCAAUGAUUGUGAUUGCCCCCUUCCUGAGAUUCACGCGUUUCCGCGCGUAUAAUAUAAUAUAUUAUAUAUACACUCGAAUAUACAGCGAAAUUAUGGGAAUGUUAAAAGGGUGAACUCGGAAAUAAUACCUUUCGUACGCCGUUGUUACCCUGAUCACUUAAAACGUCUACAAGAUAAUAAAUUCUUCAGAAAUUACGCGCGAGGAAAUCACUUUUAAAGUUCGAGUAACUUUCGAAGAGUAGAAUGAGAGAAAGCGUUCAUCUUUUCAUCGGCUCAUCAUCGAGAGAAACUCAUCGCGACACCCAAACCUGAUAUCUGUAUCUGCUUAUGAUUUACAGCCAUCGAAUGUUACUGUCUCGUUAAAGUGAAAGAAAAUUCGGAUAUUAUAUCUGUAAUAUACUCUGUAUUGUUGUUGUGUGAUUAAAUCGAAAACCUUAAACACA